CCCCAACAUCCCCUCUAAUCCUCUAUCUCUACACUCUACACCAUGUCCGACAAAUUCAACAUCCUCAUCUUCGGUGCCACCGGCAACAUCGGCUCGUACAUCACGCAGGCCCUCCUGGACGCCCGCCCGCACUUCGGCCGUUUCGCCAUCUUCACGAGCCCCAACUCGCUGCAGACCAAGACCGAAGUGCUGGACAAGCUACGACGCCAGGGCGUCGAUAUCCUGGUGGGCGACAUCGCCAACGCCGACGAGGUGCGCAAAGCCUACGCGGAUUUCGACACGGUCGUCUCAGCGCUCGGCCGCGACGCACUAGCCGCGCAGAUCCCACUGAUCGAACUGGCCGCCGCAUCGGCGAGCGUGCGCCGCUUCCUGCCCUCGGAGUACGGCACCGACAUCGAGUACGGCCCCGCCUCCAAGGACGAGAAGCCCCAUCAGCAGAAACUCAAGGUGCGCGCGGCGCUGGCCAAGCUACGCGACCAGCUGGAGUACGCCUACGUCGUCACCGGACCGUAUGCCGAUUACCCCUUCUUCUUGGCGGAUGUGCCGGCGGCGCCGCAGGCUGGGUCGUUUGAUGUCAAGGCGGCCAAGGCCGUGCUCGUCGGCGAUGGUGAGGGGCGGAUUAGUUUGAGUGGGUGUUCUGAUGUCGGCCGAUUCGUGGUCCACGCCCUCACCCACUGGGACCAGGCCAAGUACCGCGCCCUCAAGCUGAACUCGUUCACCACCACUCCCAAGGAGAUCCUCCAGGAGUUCGAGUUCCAGUCCGGUCAGAGGUGGAAGGUCGAGUAUACCUCGCUGGAUGAGCUCCGGAAGUUGGAGCAGGAGGCCUGGGAGAAGGGGACGCCCCUUGCCACGUUGUAUACUCUGCGGCGUAUCUGGGCCGAGGGCGGCACGCUGUAUGAACGGCGGGACAACGAGGAUAUUGGGGUCGUGGACACACAGUCCUUGCAGGAGUUGGUGCGCGAUUCGAUCCGUCGACAGUUGGAGAAGUGAGGCUGUCAACUGGGGUGAAGUCUAGCUUGAGUCGUUCAAGGUCAGUCGGGAGAACAGAAUGUAUAGUACAACUAGUUAAAGCUGAGUUCAACCGCCAUUGACAUAAGUGAC